UAAAGGCGUGUCGUACUCCCACUCGUAGGUAGGAUUGAUUCCUUGGAAUAAAAUAAAUCCAUUAGCGUAAGCUGCAUCAGGACCUACUUACCUUCGUUUUCGUCCUCUCUUCUUAACACGGCCAGGCCAGGAUUAUUUAUCGGUUGCACUUAUCGCCAUUGUCUUCCUCUGGAUAGGUUGGCACUUCCUUGAGAACUAAAGUUCAUCUGUAAUCACUUUCAAGUUUUAACAUCUGGUGUAGAAUAUCUUGAGAACAAGGCACCUAUUACUGAAUCUGGAACUCGUAAAUCUUUGAGGCAUUGUUUACUGGUGGGAAAGGGAAUAAAGAUCAACACUCUGAAGGUCAUCAAUCUAGCUUAGUUUGGGGCCAUCCGUGGACUUGAAGAACACCAAGGGCUGCUUUCAUGUUGAAAUUGUUUACACUUCGGGGGCUGCCAUGGAGCCCUGGUAGUGGUAGUCGGGAAAAGGUUGAACUAACAGCUGCAGAAGUAGAGUCUCUUCGAUCAGAACUUGUUGAUUUGGAGGAGAAGGAGGCUCAGUUAAAAGCUCAGUUGGAAAAUAUUGAUGAAAUUUUACGGUCAGCUCGUCUAUCCGGAUAUUUAUACAUCCGAACUAGAUGGACAGAGCUUCCAGGAGAAUCUCCACCUAUUGAUGAUACCAAUGUAGAUGAUUGGCUUCCUCGCUUUGUUGUUCUUCAGGGUGAAUGUCUAUUCAUAUAUUUGUUGAGUACAGAUUUAAGUCCUCACGACUCAACGCUUCUAUCUGACAUUGUUGAAGUAAACCAAUUACCAAGUUUUAAGCGUGAAGAUGGUGAGAUAAGAUACGCCUUUCGUAUUUUAACACGACAUGGAUUACGAUAUGAAUGCUCGAGCAGUUCUAAGAUACAGGUGGAUUCGUGGUUAACAGCUCUGCAAUCUGACUGCAAACUGGAAUCUGAUGCAUCAACUCCCAAUGGUUCAAUAUAGAUAUAACAUGUUUUACUCCUUGUUUUGGGGAAUUUGAGAUGGCAUGAAAGAUAAACUACGUGUGUAAAUAUGAAACUGAUGCCAGGACUAUUAUUUCUUGUACAUACAACAUAAAGUAACUGAAUAGAGAUUGAUGAUUAUUUGGUCACUUCUGGCUUAUUCCAGGAUUGAUUGACCAAUUAAAUUUUGAACUAGAGGAACUAAUAAACUUUGCUAGUUUGGUGA